GCUCCUACCAGCUAACCCUAUUCCUCAUAUCUCGUUUCUUUUCAUGGAGUCGGUCCACUGCCCAAAUCUUCGCCGCGCAAACUGCUAUCUUCAUCUUUGCCCAAAUCCUUUGCCGCUCGAACAGUAGUUUAGAGAUGCGCAGUAGCUUCUCAAGCUGAACACGUCCCUGAAAACGAUUCUUUGUGGUCUCCUCUUUGCUACAAAAGUCUUCUGCUAGCUUUAGCUUCUGGACUAAAAGAUAGGAUGGCACCUAAGUCUAAGCGGCCUAAAGUUGUGGUGGCGCCAAACACUUUGCGCUCUAUCUUUUCCAAUACCACUCCACCACUCCUUCCUAAGCCUACACCUCAUUCUACUUCUACCAUGCCCGGUUCUAAUUUACCCCAACUUCAGAGAUCAGUCCUCAAUAAGGCUGCCUUAGCCGAUUCAUCUCAUACUCCUACAUCACCACACCUCUAUGAUUCUCAUUCUAACAGAGAUCCUGAGUCACAUGAGUCAAAUAAUGAAAAUUCAAGUCAUAUGCCUACAACAUCACAUAACUCUGAUUCAAGCUCACAUUCAACUGGAAAUAUUGAAUCACAUCAACGUGAUAAGGUUAAUUCCUCAAGGAAGUAUUGGACUGUUAACGUGAUAGGUGAGGAUGAGGUGAUUACUGAGGAGAAGUUAAAAUCUAAGGAUGUGUGGAACUUACAAGGAAAGAAAGUGAUAAUUGAGUUCAAUAGAUUCCAACAAGGGAUUGGUGAAGGUGCAGGGUUGAUUGGAGUUUGGUUGGGGGAGCUAGCGAGUGAUGUAAAAGUGAUCCCAAUGAAUUUUACUGACUGGAGAUCAGUUCCUCAAAUGUAUAAAAAGAAUGCAGUUGGUGAUAUUGAGAGACACUUCUAUUUCCAAUCUGAUGUUGGGAUGUCAUGGGCGAUGGACUCGUUACGUGAUAAAAGGAAGGAGUUCAGAAAUAGAUUAAAAACUGAUUAUGUGAAAAUCAAUAGUAAAAGAGAUGAAGUUAUGUGUACCCCUGCUACUGGAAUACCUCAAGACCAGUGGAAUAGUCUCGUAGAUUAUUGGUUUUCUCCAAAAAGUAAGGCGAUGACAGAAAGGAACACACAAAAUCGCAAAAAACUAAGGUUUCCACACACCGGAGGAUCAAAUAGUAUUGCAAGACGAACACAUGAGAUGGAAUUAGAAACUGGACAACAUAUUGGCCGAGGUGCAGCAUUUAUUGUUACACAUAAGAAUAAGGACGGAUCUUAUGUGAAUGAUGACGCUAAAGUUGUGGGUGAAGAAAUUGAAAAAAUUAUGGAUGAAGAAAUAGCAUCAGGGCAAGUCAAUGAUGGAAUGCCUUCUACAGAUGAUGCAGUGGGACAAGUUUUAGGCAAAGAACAUAAUGGCAGAGUUCGUGGGAUGGGGUUCGGUGUUUGUCCAUCUAAAGUUUUUAGCCCAUCAAUUUGUCGAGGUAGGGGGGCUACGACGCCACUGCAUAGUGCUGUGAACAAUUCUUCGGAAGUGCAGUCCUUAAAAACGGAACUACUGAAAGUUAACAAGCGUCUUGAGAAGGAGCAAGCUGAACGAGAACGUGAGCAAUCUCGAAUCAGUAAUGUUUUCAAAUACUUGGAGCAGACGUUGGGAAUUCAGCUACCACAGGAAACAGGCAUGUAGAUCUUCAGCUAUUGAAAAUCGAAGAUUGUCGGAAGCAAGUGAUGAUGCAAACACUAAUUAGAAGGACUAGCUACUAUAUGUACUCCAGUGAUAGUAUGAAGUAUUUUGAAAUACUGAAACUGUCCUAUUUUGUGAAUUUUGUUUGGGAUCUCUGCAUUUCAUUAUUAGUACUAUGAGAUGUAUAAUGAAAUAUUGGUUUUGCUUACCUAUAAUAUGAUGAGUUUUGGAGAUGAGG